UUGAAAAUCAUGAAAUAUGUCACAUUACGGUUGUAUAAAUAAUAGUAGAACAUGUGACACCGAGAUAAACCAAUAUUUGGACUAUGUAUACACUCUAAUAACCUCAGUCGAAAUAAUACGGCAGCAUGAACAAAGUGACAUUCGUAUCCCUGGUUCUCAGCUUUUAUAUUGCUGUUACUCGAGCCAGCAACCAAAAGUAUGAUUCACGUAGAGACUCAUGUGACCGGAUAUGUGAAAGUGACAUGUACAAUGUGAAAAUAUGUGGUACAGAUGGAAUACUAUACGACUCCAUGUGCACAUAUGAUAGAGCACUUUGUAUAGCCGAGAAAAGAGGUGACACGUUGAAUAUAUACAGCUAUGGAGACUGUAUAAAUUUAAACAGCACGUGUGACGUGGUGAACGAUCCAAAUAUCAAAUGUGUAAGCAAUGAUGUAAAUAAGAUUUGUGCUUCGAACAAUUUAACUUAUGACAGUAUAUGUGAAUUUAUGGUUUCUAAGUGUCGCCACCACACGCAUGUACCUGUACGUGUAUUGCACACCGGCGCAUGCGUGUAUGAUCUGAGCACAGCAACAAAGCUGGAUUGCUCCCAGUAUGCAAUAGAUAACUCUGUGGGAUUGGCGCUAGAGAACGGAACUAUGCCUCACUUAAACUAUCAUUGUCCCCCUCACACUGCAAACCACAGUUCUACUAUAUGCUUGUUGAAUGGUCGCACAUCUUAUGAUGCUUGCCACUAUUGUCAGCAACUUUCUAAAGAAGGAAUUGUCACAAGUACAAAUUUGGUCACUUAUAUCCAGCAUACAGGGAAAUGCCAGCACAAUAUGCUUGUCGGAUAACUCCGAUAUUCUUGUAUCCAUUGUUGAAAUAAAAUAUUCCAUGAUUAUAUUA